AUGAAUAUUCCUGAAGCGACGUUUGUUAUCUUGGUGCGACUUCCGUUGAAAAGCAUUGCAAGAUUCAGAUCAGUGUGCAAAGAAUGGAAAGAUUUGAUCGAUUCAGACAUGUUCCGAGAUCACUUCAUGUCACUCAACUCUUCCUCAGUCUCAUGGUCAAUCAUCCAAACGGGACCUUACAAACUGUCACUUGAAAUCGUGGGUCAUCAUGGAUGCAAAACAUGGGGACUUACUCGUUCUCCGGGAUCUUUCAUGAGUUUCUUUGUCGAGACAGCAAUCAAGAAGCUACAAGUCUUGGCUUGCACCGAUGGAUUGGUCUUGCUUUACGUAGAAGCUGCCGAUGAAACUCCUAUGUAUUACGUUGGAAACCCUUUGUUUCAAGAAUGGUUUCGAGUCCUUCUCCCUCCUUUCCUCUCUUUGGAAGAUUUUGAGAGAUUACGGAUGCAGGAACGCUUCAACGAGUGUGGAUUGGUUACGAAGAUGUGGAGUGGUAUCGUUGUGAGUUACAAGGUAGUGUUGGUGAUGAGUCACGGUGGUACUCAAGUCGGUUUUGCGAUUUACUCAUCUGAUACAGGGACGUGGGAAACUCGAAAUGUGACUUGUCCUCUUCAUCAUUGCUGGUUUAGUCACCGCAAGUCGAUUGCUUUGAAUGGGAUACUUCACUGGUUUUCGAGUUUCAACACUUCUUUUAUGGCCUAUGAUUUCUAUGGAGGUAAUGUUGAUGAUGGGUGUCGUAUCAUAUCUUUCCCCGAUAGUGGAAAACAUGAUUUGUUACGGCGUUUUAGGAGAACCUUUACAACCUCGGAAGGGUCGAUUGUGUAUUUCAACGAGUACCAUGAAAAUCAAAACCGCACGUUACGGGUUUGGAGGCUGGUCAAGUACACUGAUAGUCCUGAGGAAGCGUGGCAGCUCUUAUGGGAAGUCUGCUUGGUUAAUUCUAUGAUCGAGUUGUUAGGUAUCGAUUAUUUCCCGGUGGUUAUGCAUCCUUUGAACUCUGAGAUCAUCUACCUGUGGUGCAUGGACAAGAAAGGUAUGGUCUUGUUUAACUUGAGGACAUUAGCGUUUAGUCUUCACAAGGAAAACGAAGACGAUAGCAAGUGUAUGGAUGGUUGUGUCUUGAGUUUUAACUGGUGUAGCGAGUAUAUGGAGAACAUAUGUGGCUACUUUUUUCCAUGGUUUAACUCAUGUAGUCCUAACCUUCUCCUCUUUUCACAGUAUGUUCUCCCUCGUUGGUUGCACCGGCUCCCUCGUCCUCCACCUACUUAGUGUGUAGCUAUGUUUUGAGUUUAUUAGUAAUACAAUUUUUCAUGCAUCAUCUAAGACAAACAUUUGCACCAUUAUGUAUGUGAACCUUUCUAUUCAAUUGAA